AAACACGUAAACGCGAAGACAGAGAAAAAAAUCUCACAAUGUGACAUUUAUGUGGAUUUUCUUUGCAUAAGAGAUAAUGUCUUCAAAAGUAACAAGAUACAUUGGGUACCUGCUGUUUAGACUCCUGCUGCCAUUGGUUCUUCUUGCAGGAUGUGCUCUAAGAUACAACAUUAUUUCAUUCCUGUAUUUAUUAUUCUUACUGGGGCUUCCACUAAUUCCAACUCCAAGUACCACAACAGUGAAAGGAGUCACUGGUAUCUACUUAAUAUUGCUAAUCGUGUUGGGUGGCUUGGCAACCCUAGCUCAGGGUGUUUUCCACAUUGUCCUUGCAGCCAUCCCUGGGACAUAUGGUGAAAGUUUUCCAAACUGUUCAAGUAAUGAAAAAAUUGCUCGACUGAUAGCAGUUGAAAGACUGGACGGAGUCCCCUUUAUCCAUGUCCUGCGAUUGGUCGUUCUGGAUGUGGUCAUUCUGGUGGUAGCCAUUAUUGUGUUUGUUUUUUGUUAUAAAGUGUUCGCUUCCUCCAGAGACACGCUAUCUACCAGGGACCUGCCAUCUAUACAGUCUGGUUCCCAUAGAAGAAGAUCUCAGAGACUCCAUAACUUCUUAUUGUUUGUCGGGAAGUUCAUUGAUGUUCUAUUUUUAGCAGCCUGUGGUAUUAUUGUGCCAUCAGUUGCCAGUGCUGUGUACUUUUUAUCAUUUUUGUAUAUCGCCACCUGGUGGUCAUUUUAUCGGGGUCUUGGACAGAAAUUUACAAUUUUCCGAAUAUGUGUUCUGAUAUGGAGUGGAUUACAUUUAGCUUUUCUUCAUUUAUAUCAAAUGCAACUUUUCCAAGAGGACUGGCUUCCAUCAAGAACAUCUCUUUUGGCCAGACUGCUUGGAUUAACAGCUGUAAUCAAAACGGAUUGUGACAAACCCUGGUCUGUUGAAUUUCAUGAGCCAUCGAACUGGCCUUUGUUUGUCAACCCAGCCCUUCUUCUUGCCCUUUACUUCAGUGUGGCCACAGAAACCAGGAUCUGGAAAGGUCCCAAGAGGGAUGAUGUUGUUGAUGCAGAGAUAGGUUCUCCAAACAAGAGAAGGCAUAGACGUACAAAGUCGUCCGAGCGGGAGAGCCUGGUUGUGGCAGGAGAGAACCAGUCUUACGAGACAUUCUCCUCGGCCUCACAGCCUCGGGACAAGGCAGACUCACCCACCAUGUUGGAUUCUGAUGAGGAAGAUGGUGGAUCAGCUAAAUCUAAACCAAGAAAAAAGAAAGCUAACUUAAAGAGGAGUCCUGUAGCUUCCCUGUUUGUGUUUAUUAUGAAGCAGAGUUAUGUCUUAUCCCUGAUUGCAAUGAUGGCGUGGAGUAUCACAUAUCACAGCUGGAUGACCUUUGUCCUGCUGUUGGCGGCUUGCUUUAUCUGGAUGGUUCCCCAGUCCAGGAAGGCGUGUCUCCUCUGUUCUCCCCUCAUUGUUUUCUAUGGAGAGGCCCUUCUCAUCAUUCAGUUUGUGUAUGGCAUGAAUCUCAAAGAACUACCAGAGGAAAGCAAUGGAAUACAGCUGGCAGAAAUCGGACUGAAGAAAUUCAAAUAUCCCUGUCUACAACUGGCGUUACAAAUCCUAUUCACCAGUAUGUUUUGGCUUACAAUGAGACAGUUUAUUCGAGAGAGACGGGCCUUGAAGAAACAGGACAGAACUCAGGUACCUCUAGACACCAUCAACUCCGAGGAAGCAACACGGGGAUCAUGGUUCCAAGGAUGGAUAAGGCUCAGGGAUUUCUCCGAUCACGAGGAGGGUGUAAGGGACAUAACUCAGUCAGGAACGUACAUUCCAAAUUUGGAUCAGGUUGAUGGAUAUGACAGUCAGACAGUCAAACAGACAGGUCAGUACCUGUGGAAUCUCCUCUCUAAGUACUGGAUCUUUGUGUGUACUGGAAUGAUGUUACUAAUCUCUAUUUAUGAAGUGGUCGUCUUCAGAAUCAUCUACCUUCUUCUCUUUCUUCUCUUUAUGCUGACCUUCCAGAUGAGCUACACCCUGUGGCGGGCCUCUAUGUAUGUGUUCUGGUGGGUCCUCAUUGUCUACUCUAUGAUAAUCCUUGUGAUACUCUACACUUACCAGUUUAAAGACUUCCCAGAAUACUGGCACAACAACACAGGACUGUCAUACCAAGUUUUAUCAGACAUCGGUCUGGAGCAGUUUGACACAGCUACCCUGUUUGUCAAGCUACUGACACCCACCAGUUUCCUGAUCCUCAUCAUUCUACAAGUCCAUUACUUCCACAGCACCUUCCUCAAACUCAGCGACAUCAAAAAUGUCAAAAAAGAGGAUAAUGAUGAUAAACCAUCAACUGCCAUGACAACAGACACUGCAGGGGAGACAACUGACUCGGAACCUUCAAUCAUUAAAAAAGGGUUAAAAGAGAAAUUGAAAGCCUAUACAAUCACGGUGUGGACUAAGUGUAGUGAGGUGUGGGCGGAGGUGUCUACAAUACUGUGGAGGGCCCUCGAGGUCCACUUUGUUAAACUGGUUCUCUUCACCAUCUUUAUGGUCAGCGUGAGUGAGGUAUCUGCGAUUGGAGGAGUGUUUGUCAUUCUCCUGGGGGUCUUAAUGCCAAUAAUCCGAGGAUGGACUCUGAUGUUACAUUUGUGCAGACUUUGGACAGCGAUUGCAAUGGUUGCUAAGAUGAUUUAUCAGCUGAGCAUCAUAGAUAAGGAGUACUGGAACUCAAACUGCACAAUCAUUAAUGAUAGCAUUAAUACAACAGUAGCUCCUGGGACCAAUACAAGUAACACAUCUAUAUAUGAACUAGGGCCAUCUAGUGUUGAUCCAUUUGGGAAUGGAACAGUAAACAAUGCUGUAUGGGUCGGUCUGGAUAAAGCUGGAGAAUUCUCGACCUAUCUCAAGAAUUACAUCUUGAUUCUGGUGGUGCUGAUUUUUGAGCGAGUGAUUUUCUACAGACAGACAAGGAGACGACUCUAUACUGGGAUUGCGGACAUUCCUAAGGGGGUCAUCUUUAACGACACCCACAGGGAAAAUGCCGACAAGAACCUCCUCAGCUGUGCCAAGUAUUUUGCCAACUACUUCUUUUAUAAAUUUGGAUUAGAGAUCUGUUACAUUGUGAUGGCAAUAGUGAUCUGUGUCAGAGUUGAUGCCUACAGUGUUUUAUAUGCCAUCAUCUUGGGAAUACUACUGCUACUAAAUCGACACAAGAAUGCAGCUGUAUGGCCGAUAUUCACCAUUAUACUUACUGUGUUGUUACCACUGCAGUACUUGUUCUGUCUGGGAUUCCCACCGGGUGCCUGUAUAGAGUAUCCAUGGAAUUUUGACACAGAAACAGAGAAGAACUUAGAGAAUUGGUUGUACCUUCCCAAUUACUUUAACCCACCAAAUGUUUAUAAACUUAUAGGUGAUUUUUUCCUGCUUCUGUUUGUGUGCCUACAGUGGCAGGUGUUUAGAAUUGAGGCUCAGUUCCACACAGAUUCUGAAGCAAGAUAUGGUGGAGGCAGUAAUGAGGAUAUACUACCAGAGGUGGAGGCCAACAUGCCCAUCCCUGUCGCAGACUUUACCACUGUGUCUGAGUCAUACCUGGACGUAGUCAAGAGCGGCUUUUUUUCGUACAUGUACUGGUUGACCCUGUUCAUCAUCUUCCUAGCUGGCACAAACCGAAUCAACCUGUUCAGUAUGGGUUACAUUAUCGGUGCUCUUUGUUUUAUGUGGUACGGACAGGAAUUCAUUCUUAAACCACUCAGGCAGAUUAGAAGAAGCUGGAACACAUUCUUGGGCUACACAGUCAUUGUGAUAUUCCUGAAGGCUUCUUUGCAGCUGCUGGGCUGUGUUUACAUUGACUACCUGUACAACAAUCAUUGCUGGUUGGUUCAGCUUCUGGGACUCACCUGUCUAUCCCCUUCUAUCAUGUAUUCACCAGGUGGCAGUGGUUUUGAGUGUAAAGUGGAGAUUGAUGAUUCGGGGUUGAGUUGGGAUGUGGUUUGUUUGACCUUUCUUCUGUUACAAUUACGGAUCUACAAAAGUCACUACUUCAGACACAUAGUGGCCAGUGCUGAGGCACAGAAUGCUUUAGCAGCCAGAGGAGCUCAACUCAUAAACGAGAUCCUGAUAACUCGAGUCCAGGAACAGAGGGAGGAUGAGAGAAAAGUCCUAGAGAAUAUCAAAAAGAAAAUGGAGUUUCUCCGCCAGAAGAAAUUUCAAGGAAGCACAAGAAAUUUUAUGGAGCCAGAUGAACAUUUUCAAGCUAUCCGUUCUGGAGACUACUAUCUAUUCGAUGACUAUGAUGUACAUGGUGAGGACCCUACCAGUAUUACCAUCGGAGGAGAUUCUGAGGAAGAGGAUGAGGGCAAGGCAGAUCCUAUGAAGUUGAUUUCCACAGCAAUAGAAUCUGGUCCUAAAGCUGCUGUGGAACAAGCAGAAGAAGAGGAAGAAGAUAGUGAGCAAGGUGAAGCAGUCACAGAGGAGGAGAAAGAAGAAGAAUAUGAAUCCAAAGUAGAAAAAGUCAAAUAUAUCUUUAAAUUGAUUCAAAAGUUAUUGGAGCAGUUGGCUGAUUGGAUAAUAGACAAAUUUAAUGACAUCUCAAAGAAUCACCGCCUGGUGGCCUCCAAACUGGAGCGGGAAAUGAAACAUCAGAAGGAGAAAAUCCAGAAAAACAAAGCCAGACCUAAAGUCAAAGAUGAGACUGUCAGUCUAGACAUACCAGAGGAUGGAACCACAGGGCCGUCCGGGACCAGUAGAGAUGGAGUUGAUAUGACAGAGAUCAGUAUAGUCACCACUGAGGAAACUGGAGGAGAUGCAGUGGAUGGUGGAUUACAGGGUAAACCCUCCACAAAGUUUGAGACCAACAAGAACAAAGUCUACCUACUGUUUGAAGCCACGUACUACGCAGUGGUGUCACGGUCUGAGCUUGUGUGUUACUUCCUGAUGAUUCUGAACCAGAUCUUGUACUGCAGUCUGCUGUCCCUCCCUCUCCCCCUCAUGGUCUUCCUGUGGGGCAUGCUGUCCGUGCCACGCCCAUCCAAGACUUUUUGGAUUACAGCCAUCACUUACACAGAGGCUGUGGUUGUUGUGAAGUACUUAUUCCAGUUUGGAUUUUUCUCAUGGAAUAAUAACACAGACAUAAAUACGGACCCUUUCUGGCCUCCCCGUAUCAUUGGUAUCGAGAAGAAAGACGGGUUUGUGACAGCUGAUCUGGUGCUUCUAUUGGCUUUGUUCAUACACAGAUCUGUCCUUAAGAGAUAUGGAUUGUGGAAGGAUGCUGAUUCUAUCUCUGCUGAUCUGGAUAAAGUGGAGGAAAAUCUGUCUGUACCAACUACACCAGUCCAGGAGGAAGCCAAACCCAUAGAAAGCAGCAUGACUACACAUGACAGUGAUGAAGAUGAUGGUCCAAGUCUCCAGAUGGUGUUGCAGCCCUUUAAGAGUUUCUACAGUCAGCUGACAGAUCCUAAAUACAAUGCUACCACUGAUGUGUAUGCUUCCAUGUUCUUGUGUGACUUCAUCAAUUUUCUCAUUCUUGUGUUUGGUUACUGGGCAUUUGGUCCAGAGCAAACCUCUGGUGGGGACAAUGUUACAGAGUACAUCUCGGAGGACAGGAUUCCAGUUCCAUUCUUGAUUAUGCUGUUGACUCAGUUUAUUCUGAUCAUUGUUGACCGAGCCCUUUAUUUGAGGAAGAACAUCCUAGGAAAAUUCAUCUUCCAGAUUCUGCUAGUCAUAAUUAUCCAUGUGUGGCUUUUCUUCAUCCUGCCAUAUGUCACAAAAAGGAGAUUUUCUGAGAACACCCCAGCCCAGCUAUUUUACUUCUUUAAGUGUCUGUACUUUGGGUUGUCAGCCUACCAGAUAAGAUCCAGCUAUCCCACUAGAAUACUUGGGAAUUUCCUCACCAAGAAAUACAACUAUCUCAACUUGUUCCUCUUUAAAGGAUUCCUGGCCAUCCCCUUCCUGUUGGAGUUGAGGGUCCUUAUGGACUGGAUCUGGACAGACUCUACCCUGGCAAUAGGAAGCUGGCUACAGAUGGAGGACAUCUAUGCCAACAUAUAUGUCCUGAAGUGCUGGAGGGAGGCAGAAAGGAAAUACCCGACCCCUCGUUCUCAGAAGAAAGGCUCUCUGAUUAAGUAUGGCGUUGGAGGAUUGUUGCUGGUUCUCGUAAUCUUUAUUAUCUGGUUCCCGUUGGUUAUCUUCUCCUUUGCUAACACAGUUUAUGUCAGUAACCCACCAGUUGCUGUGACGGUUUCUAUUGCCAUUGGAGGAUUUCAGCCCUUAUUCAAAGUGCAGGCACAACAACAAAGCAUAGCAACCCUAAGUACAGCUCAGUACAAUGACCUACUGACCUACUUCAAUGAUAUGGAAAACAAGAAAGCUGUGAGUAACCUUAACAGAUAUGAGCCUCAGGACAUCACUGUGAUAAAGCUGAAUGGAAAGUCUACAUCUGUCUGGGGAAUUAGUCCUCCCAGUAAAACAGAGCUUCGUAAUUUCCUCAACACAACUAAGGGGGCACAGAUAGAGUUUGAGGUCACCUUUGUGAGGAACCCCACGUCUAGUGAUGCCAGUCAAUCCUUAACGGCUCAUCUGAUGGAUACCUUGGAUGAUACGACAAGAAUGAAACUGGCUAAGCACCUAACAGACACCAGUAACUCUGUGACAAUUCUCAAGUUGUUUUCCCGCUUCUUCCGACUAACAAAGAAGGCAUCUAAUGUCCUUAAUUUUAUUCCAAAAAGUAAUGUCUCCAUGCAACUGAGCAUGAAUAAUGUGACAGAAUGGUGGAAUGUUAAGGAGCUGAUCUCUGAUUCACAGCCUGAGCGCUUGUGUCCCGACCCUCAAGUAAAAAACUGUGGAAAUUCAUCUGAUGACCUCACGCUAAUUACCCUUAAUGAUAGAGCAGCACCUGCUGGCUUCUCCCUCAUCACAGGAUAUGGAAUAAUUGGCUUGUAUGUGACCUUCAUUCUCUUGAUUGGUCGUAUCCUGCGACUAAGCACUACAGGACUGGCCGAGAAGAUCACUUACCUGGAGUUACCCUACGUGGAUAACAUGCUACAGCUCUGUCUAGAUGUCUAUCUCGUCCGCGAGAUGCACGAGUUCAGACUCGAAGAAGACCUGUAUGCCAAACUCAUCUUUGUGUAUCGCUCCUCCGAGACCCGAGUCAAGUACACUCGACUUCCAAAGGAACUUAUCAUCACAGAUGCCAAGAAAAAUGACUAGAGAUGAGGAAUUUUAAAAAUGACUCAAACAAAUAUAAAAUCUUACUGAAUAUUAGGCUUUGUUUUUAUAGAUUUAACCCAUCAAUAUUUGUGUGUUUUUUCUGGGUUGUUGUUAUAUGUUAGAUAUUAGAUUCUGUAUUUAAAGUAGUGUGACAUUCAGUGUUUAUAUUGGUUAUUCUAGUAAAUUUAUAACAUUCUGUAUAUUCAUUUUUUUAUUCAUAUUUACAUCUUAUUUUUGUAUUGAAUUUUUUUUAUUCUUAGUACUAUUGAUUUAUUUAUAUAUUUUUUGUAAAUCACAUUCUACCAGUAUAUUCCCGGUCAUAAUUUUAUUACUUCAAAAGGAAGGUAAAUAUUUACUAUGGCUCUAAGUGCUUUACAUCGUUUUUUUUUUAAAGUCAGAGGCAUGUAUAUGAAAUAUACCAGUACAAGAUAAAUUGUGUAAAAGAAGGCAUUGUACAUAAAUUUGUGGUCCAGAAAAUUUUUCCUUCUUAAAAAAGGAGUUAACCUUCAAGGUAGUCAAAAGAUUUUAAGAUUUUCAUGUCCCGUUUAUCAUGUGUGCUGUCAGCAGAUUUAGUCAUUUAUUUCUGUACAUAUAGUUUAGAUUAGUGAACUUGAUGUUGCUAACAUUUUGUACAUAUACGCCUGUUUUUUCUCCCUCGUUGUAGUAUCAUUGGCCUGUAUGUCUCCCUGGUGCUGGUAAUUGGCCGCUUUGUUCGUCUCUAUUUUUC